AUGGCUCAACACGACUCCAGCAAGGCCGCGAGUGACUUCGCCCUCGAGAUGCGUGGAGACUUUCAAACCUGCCUGAUCAACAAGAACGACAUCAUCAACGCUGCUGCUGCCAUGAGCAUGGGAAUCGUCAGUAUCAGGGCCAUUGGGUUUAGUGUCAACGAAGUCUCGAUGGCCGAUCAACUGUUCUCGAUCAACUACGGUGGUGCAACGCGAACUUCCUCUUUGCCUGCGACUGUCAUCUUCCGUGUGUUCAAGUACGCACCGAGAGCCGUCGCUUGCGCCUACGACGACAAGGAACGCACAAAGCUCGUCACUCCUCGUAUGGCACAGGCUCUCUUUGUACUGCUCUACUUCUUCGACAGAGCUGAGCAGAAGCUCAACCUCCUAGUUGCUUUCGGGGUCAACUCCAGCCAUGAUGACUUCAUUUAUCUCUACCGGGCUCUCUGGUUGAUGGCCCUGAACCUGCAAAACAGCAACUUGAUCACCUGCAUCACCUCCAACGUGAAGGCAAUGGGGGUCACCGGACCCAUCAACGUCAUCCUUCUCUGCCGUGUCGUGUUUCCUCCUGAUGGCCAGUUCCCUGUUACUGAAGUACCUGCACAGCCCCUGCGUCAGCACCUGAAGCAGAUGCUUCUUGAUCACUGCUGGAACAUCGAAAAUCUCCCCGACGACGCCGCUCAGGAGCUCUGCGAUAACAAGCCUCUCAUCCUAAGAAGGUACACUGGGCUGGUCAACUUCGACACAUCCGACGACCCGGCGUUCGUGCAACCAGAAGCUCCUACUCUCACACAGAGUGAGGUCGAGGAGGAUGCACAGGGCGUCGGCCUUGACGCUCCUGAAGCCAGUCAUCCUCCUCCUCCUAGGCUCGAGAUUGAAGAGAGAGACUCAACCCGUGUCUCUUGCGAUCGCUGCUACGAAGGUCACCGCAAGUACCGCGACGGAUCAUCGACCCAACCUUGCAACAAGUGCAGAGACAAGGGUGACGAGAACAACUACAUCUUCGGUCCUCAGCAGAACGUUGGCGAGGAGGGACAGCAACAGCCUGGUGGGACUGGAGGCUGGUACCCUGCCUCAAGUGUUCCUCUCGCCAUUCGCAUGGCUCGCAAUGAGGCUUUGGCUCCUUAG